ACUUCCAUGAGUACUCUAUAAUACGUGUCUCAACAACUUGGUAGCGAGGUAGAAAGGCAAGGCAAGGCAAACAAGUCAACUACAGGUACAAGCAACUUCACUGACUGCUCUGGCCGCUGCUGUAAAGUCUCACUGCUCUGCUCAACGGGAACCUUCUCCCUAGAGACAGUCCCAGCAUACAGCGAAGAGCCAUGACUGCGCCUCACCAAAAGGGAUCUGACACGGCUUUACCCCGCCCACUGUUGGAAUAAUGCCGUAAAUCUCUGGAUUCUCUCGUAAUCUUAGCAAUGUUGCCCCGCCCACUGGUGGAAUGCCGUAAAUCUACGAAGUCUCCCGUAAUCUGUUCCGUUUCAGUAUACACACAGGGGAUUAGAGAGAAAAUGUUUCGACCAGGACUGACGCCCGUUCUGCGGGUAUUGACUCGUCUCCCCGUCCGAAGCCGCGUCAGCUACACCUCCAAACAGCGGUAAACUCCGGACGCCCCUCCCUCUCUUUCUCUACUGCCUCCACUCAACCCGAGACCAGCCAGACAGCAGCUACUAGUUCCACUGGAGAGGGUGCUGGUGGAGGAGGAGAAGGAAGAAGGAGAGCUAGAUUGUUAACUCUGGCCACAGUGUCAGCCACAGCAGCUCUCGGCUCCCUAUACCUCAUCUACCAGAAGUCCAGUGUGAAAGCAGAAGGAGGAGAAGGGGGCGUGGUUGCUGUUAAGGAUGCAGAAUCAGAUAUGGCUGUUGCUAGUUCCAGCGAUGAAUCCUCGUCAGACGAUGAUGGAGGUGGAGGCGAGGGAGAGGGAGAGAAGAAGAAAAAGAAGCGAAUUUCGCUGCACGACCGACACUUCAUAGCCUACGAGGACAGAAUCAGGGCCUACUCAACGCCCGACAAAAUCUUCAGGUAUUUCGCAACUCUCAGUAUCCAGGAGGAGGACGGCUCCGCCCACAUUUUCAUGACCCCAGAGGACUUCCUGAGGUCCAUCACACCUGGCAUCAUUCAACCUCAAGGUCUAGGUCUGGACAGGUUCCGCAGUCUCCACAUUGAGCAGUGGAAGAAGGAGAGGUCAGAGGUCAUAUUGGACGAGGCCAGCAUAUUUGCCAGACUGGGUCACCACGGUCUAAUUUCAUUCUCUGACUACCUCUUCCUCCUCACCAUCAUCUCCACACCAAUGAGGCAUUUCGAGAUUGCCUUCAAGAUGUUUGACCUCAAUGGAGACGGGGAGGUCGACUUUAAGGAAUUUGACAAGGUGCGGGACGUGAUUUUGUCGUCCACGUCGGUGGGAGCUCGUCACAGAGACCGUCUGGUGACUGGCAACGUGGCCGGAGGAGUGGGAGACGCACUGGUGGAGCACUUCUUUGGAGCCGACAAGAAGGGAAAACUGACCGUCGAGAUGUUCAGAUCAUUUCACAGACUGUUGAGAACGGAGCUCCUCUGGCUGGAGUUCAACAGGUUUGACCCAGAGGACGGCCGGAUAUCCGAGAGGGACUUUGCCAAGAUGGUUCUGUCGUACUCAGACAUGAACGACCAGCAGAGGAAGAAGUACAUGAAGAGAGUCAAGAGAGAGUAUGGAGACAGAAAGGAAGGAAUAUCGUUUGAAGAUGUGCAGGCCUUCACGGAGCUGGUAUAGAAUAUAUCAGACGUUGAGAUGGCUCUAAGUAUGUACAUGGCUGCCGGAGCCUCCAUCACCCCUGGUGACCUGAGCAAGUGGCUCAGGCCGUGGCUGUAAUGGACCUACAGGACAGUCUGGUGACAAUGAUCUUCACACUCUUCGAUGAAAACAUGGAUGGCAGUCCUGAGUCAUCACAGAGAGGUCAUCCGAGCAUGAAGAGCAGAACUAUCACGAGGUGUUGAAAAGUCACAGAACACGGGGUUUGCACAGCUGAUUAACUCCUGUUACGGCUGCACUGUCAAAGUGUCAUCAGGACCGUUUGGGACUCCAACCAUAGCGCUGCUGCAUUACUGACACCAGAUACCAUGAAUGAUUACAUUUUCUGUACUUUGCAAAUGCCUGUUUAGAAUAAAUUACGAUUCAUGCAUAGUCACCAAGCUAUCCUCAGUCAGUCUUUUGACCGUAGUUUUUCAUUCAGUAAGCUCAGUGAAAUGU